AUGGACGCGUCGAGUUCUCUCCUGCUGGUCCUGUUGACUCUCCAUUCUGUCAUGAUCGCCGCCGCGGAUCUGCCGGCGGCGCAGCCGAGCCAUCGGAGGCUACUACUUCAGCAGGACACCAAUCGUGCCGCGCUGCCUCUGCCUGCAAAGGUUCAUGCCGUCCCAGUCGACGCUCAUGCCCCCGCUCAUGGGACCGGCUCUUUUCCGGCGGCGUCUACCGGUCCACAAGGGAGGGAUGGUCCGAGCGAGGCGGCGCCAACGACGCCGGCGGCUUAUUUGUCGAGAUCCAUGAGGUGGCUGUACAUGGUUGUUCUUCCGGCGGUUGCCCUGCUGUCGCUUGCUGGACUAGCGUGCUGGCUUCUGUGUCGUAAGAGUGCAGUUGCGACCAUUGGCCCUUGGAAGACCGGACUCAGUGGCCAGUUGCAGAAAGCAUUUGUUACAGAUCGCAAGUGGUUGUCCACUAUGACCGUCUACAAGGGAACUUUGUCAACUGGUGUUGAGAUCGCAGUGGUGUCCACUAUGAUUACAUCGAGCAAGGAGUGGUCAGAGCAUUCAGAGAGCUGUUUCAGGAGAAAGAUAGACACCCUGUCGCGAAUAAACCACAAGAACUUCAUCAAUCUGCUUGGCUUCUGUGAGGAGGAGGAACCUUUCACCAGGAUGAUGGUGCUCGAGUACGCGCCGAAUGGGACACUUUAUGAGAGUCUUCAUGCAGAGGAUUUUGAGCACAUAGCUUGGCGAGGUAGGAUGCGGAUUAUCAUGGGACUAGCAUACUGCAUCCAGCACAUGCAUGAGCUCAACCCUCCUGUGGUGCACCCUGAUCUGCAGUCUAGUUCCAUACUGCUAUCUGAAGAUGGUGCUGCAAAGAUCGUGGACAUGAGCGUUUGGCAUGAAGUGAUUUCUGGAGCCAAAACGACAACAAAUGGCGAGCUCGACCAUCACCAAGAACAGGAGUCCGCUGGCCUAGCAGGGAAUGUACAUAGCUUCGGUGUUCUGCUGCUUGAAAUCAUCUCAGGGAAGCUUCCAUUUCCAUACCCCGGAAACGAGCGCUCCCUUGUGAGCUCGGCUCUGGAGUGCAUAACCAACGAUGACCGGAGUAUAGCCUCCUCGCUCGACCCAACACUGGGCGAUCACAUUCACAGGGAAGAUGAGCUAGCAGUCAUCGGCGAGGUGAUCCGGGCUUGCAUCCAGAGCGACCCGAGGAACAGACCGAGCAUGAGGAACGUCGCUGACAGGCUGAGAGAAGCCAUAGGUAUCUCGCCGGUCGCUGCGACGCCGAGGCUGUCUCCGCUCUGGUGGGCCGAGCUGGAGGUGCUUUCCACCGCGGAAGCAGGCUAA